AUGAUCCGAAGAGCUAAUCCCGGAACUCUAACAAGGUUAGAAGUGGAUGACAAUAAUAGAUUCAAGUCAGUUUUCAUAGCAUUUGGUGCUAGCAUAGAUGGAUUUCCUUUUAUGAGGAAAGUUAUUGUCGUGGAUGGUACUUUUUUGAAAGGGAAAUACCUUGGAACGUUGUUAAUAGCGACAACACAAGAUGGAAAUUAUAACAUCUUUCCAUUAGUAUUCGCUGUAGUUGAUACUGAGAAAGAUGACUCUUGUGAAUGGUUUUUUAGACAACUCAGUUGUGUUAUUCCUGAUGAUGAAGGCCCUGCCAUUAUAUUUGAUAGACAUAAAUCCAUCGGGAAAGCAAUAGGGAAAGUAUAUCUGCUAGCUAGCCGUGGGAUCUGCACUUACCAUCUACACAAAAAUAUUUUGUUGAAAUUUAGAGGGAAUGAUACGUUUGGAUUGGUGAAGCAGGCGGCAACUGCUUAUAGGUUGCGAGAUUUUAAUGCAAAGUUUCAAUUGAUUGAACAGUUGCAUCCACAACUUCAUAGUUAUUUGCAGGGUGCUGAUCUAUUAGAUGAGAUAAGAUUGAUGUUGACUAGGUGGUUUGCUGCAAGAAGAAGACAGGCUGCAGAUAUUGAAACAGUUCUAACCAACGGAGUUGAGAAGCUGUUAGAGGCCCGAUUAGCAAGAGCAAGUGUUUUAAAUGUUCAAGAGAUUGAUCCACAGCAGUACGAAGUGAGGAGCGGAUCGUCCAUGAAUGUUGUAAAUCUGUCACAAAAGAAAUGUUCAUGUCGUAUGUUCUACAUUGACAAACUGCCUUGCAUACAUGCCUUAGCCGCAGCUGAGAGUGCAAAUGUGUCUAGAGUUUCAAAGUGUCAUCAUUACUACCGGACCGACUAUCUACGCAUUGGUUAUGCUAAAUCUAUCAUACCCAAGGAUGAAAAUUGUCCAGUCCCAAAUGCUCUAAUUGCAAAACUUUGUAAUUCACCAUUUGUGAGGACUCAAUCUGGCAGACCUAAGGUUAGUAGAGUUAAAGGACCUUUGGCGAUUGCAAUGGAGAGAACGAGACCCUGGAAAGCUCACGCUUGUUCAAAUUGUGGUCAUACUGGCCACAACCGAUUGACUUGUAACUCUUGA